UCCGGUAGGGAGUCUCGUUCAUCGCCGCUUCCGCAGAAUCACAGCAACAGAACCGACAGAACAGAACCGGACCGAGCCGCGGACUCCAUCAGUGUAUCAGUCCAUCAGUGUAUCAGUCCAUCAGUGUAUCAGUCCAUCAGUGUAUCAGUCCAUCAGCGCUGCUGUUGAUGCUGCUGUUGUUGUUGUUGUUGUUGUUGUUUACUGCUGUGGUUUGGAGCGGAGGGAUUUUGCGGGACUGAUGCGGUGUGAGCGUGAGCCUGUCAGAGCUGCACUGUGAUGAAGAAUCGGGACUCCAGCUGUCCUUAUUCACGCACGUGGCAGGUCAUCCUUUGUUGGACGAUGUUCUGGCCCAGUGCUUUGAGACCUUCGUGUUAUGGAUGGGGUACUGAGUGACCUGCUCUGAUUGUCUCUGGAGUACCUUGGAGAGUAACUGAUUUUGUCCCUUUGUCUGUAUUUUCCUUUUGCAUGCCAGUGCCAUGGUUCUUUCACAAAAAGAUCUUUCUGAGAACAUCCAUUGUCCAAGCUGCAGGAUCUGCAAACACAACCUGUGGCUAGGCGAGAUGUUUUUCCUCGCUUCAGCAUGGGGCUAGAAGGUCUAUAAACUGUGACACUUUCCCCAUCCCAAUGGUUUCGGCUCAAAUUCUGGACCUAAACAAAAACUAGCUACUGAUUCAGACCGUCUCCAGAGCACUGUGGGAUUGCCUCGUCCACCAGGCAGCGUUAGCUACACGCGUUGCCUGAGAUGGACACGGUGUCCUUGACAUUUUUUAUAAAUAAGUGACUCGUUCUGAGCUCUGGAGCAAGGAGGACUCGUGUCCCAUGGCAUGGGUCAAGCUGUUCAGGAAGCCGGGGAGCGGAGGCUUUGGUGCUGGUACAGGAGGCGUCGCAGGUCCAGGCUUGGGGAAGUCGUAUCAGCCAGGAAGCAUGCUCUCACUGGCUCUCACCAAGGGUCUGCUCAACGAACCCGGCCAGAACAGCUGCUUCCUCAACAGCGCUGUGCAGGUUCUCUGGCAGCUGGACAUCUUCAGGAGGAGUCUGAGACAACUCUCAGCUCAUUUCUGCCUCGGCGACGCCUGCAUCUUCUGCGCUUUAAAGAGCAUCUUCAGUCAGUUCCAGCAGAGUCGGGAGCGAGUGUUGCCCUCAGACUCGCUGCGGCACGCGCUGGCCGAGACCUUUAAAGACGAGCAGCGUUUCCAGCUCGGCCUCAUGGACGACGCUGCCGAAUGUUUCGAAAACAUCCUGGAGAGGAUUCAUCUGCACCUGGUGUGUGAUUCGGGUGAAACUUGUACCUCCAGGUCCUGCAUCACGCACCAGAAGUUCGCCAUGACUCUGUACGAACAGUUUGUGUGUCGGAGUUGUGGAGCGUCGUUGGAUCCUCUGCCCUUCACCGAAUUAGUGCACUACGUGUCCACUACGGCCCUCUGUCAGCAGGUGGAGCGUGUGUUGGAGAGAACGGACAGAUUGCGCUCUGAUAUGUUCAGUGAACUGCUGCAGGCAGCAAACACCAUCGGAGAUCUGCGCAACUGCCCUAGUAACUGCGGGCAGAGCAUCAAGAUCCGCCGCGUGCUAAUGAACUGUCCCGAGAUCGUCACCAUCGGCUUCGUGUGGGACGCCGAACAGUCGGAUCUGACCGAGGACGUGAUCCGCUCUCUCGGCCCUCACCUCAACCUGUCGGGGCUUUUCUACAGAGUUACUGAUGAAAAUGCUAAGAAGCGAGAGCUUCACCUGGUGGGAAUGAUCUGCUACUCCAGCCGCCAUUACCUCGCCUUCGCCUACCACAGCAAGUCUUCCAAAUGGGUGUUCUUCGACGACGCCACAGUGAAAGAGAUUGGCUCUAAAUGGAAGGACGUUGCGUCUAAGUGUAUCCGAGGACAUUUCCAGCCGCUUCUUCUGUUCUACGCUAACCCGGACGGCAGCGCCGUGUCCAAUGAAGACGCCCCCCGACAGACCACCAUGUGGUCCCAGUACAAAUCUGCCCUCAAUGGGGAGGGGCCAGGCGAGGUCACAAUCUCAGGGCCAAAGAGACUUGACGGAGGAAGAGAAGCUGCAGCAUCACUGCGCAAUAAUCACAAACACACACUGCAGUCAGCCAGCCGACUGAAAGUUUAUCCCGACGCUCCGAGAGAGAUGACACACGGAGCAGAGAGAGCGAGACGAGAGACUGAGCGAGUCCAUCGCAGGGCAGAUUCACUUCAACACAGAGACGUGACGUUUCCAGGAUCAUCGUCUCCUUCUGAGAACGGCCCUCGCUCCCACUCUGACCAGAGAACACCGAGAAUGCCCCGCCCAGCUCGCUCAGAUCACUCCGCCCCCCACACGAGCACGGUCGGAGGUUCAGGUGGAAAGCCCAAGCCGUCGUGGCGUCCUGUGCGUGAAGUCCUGAACGUGGACAGAGUUCUGAGUGAACUGGAGCACAGGAAGCAGCAGCAGCAAGUCCACGGAAGUCCACGCUGUAAUCGCCGGCAGGAGAGGGCGCCGUCCGAGCACAGGCCCCGAGGACUCAUGACCAUCUACGAGGACGAGACGAGGCCGGAGACAGAGAGCCGCAGUUCUCAGGAGUCUCAGCAUGACGCCGCGCUGAGGGGCGGAGCCACAGCAGUGCCCAGAGCAGACCACUGGACCAUCCAGAGGACGGAGUCCGGUUACGAGAGCAGCGACAGGCUGAGCAGCGGUUCUGCCAACGCCGACUCUCCGGGAGUGGAGAACCUGCUGGGGAAGGAGAUACGAGGAACCGAGGCUCAGCAGCUCAGGGCUCCAGCGCACACUCACAGCCGUGUGGAAGCUAAAACAGAGGCAGUGCGCUCACCGCUGAUUCACACUAAACAUGUGCUGAAGCUUCAGGGACGGAACUCUGAGAACCUGCUGAAAGGAAGUCCGAAUGCGAGACGGAAGCAGAGAUACUCGUCCUCAGACUGUAACAGCUCAGAUGAGACGAGUAACGCGGCGUCCGAGCAGGAGGACAGCGCUUACCGCUCCGGCACCAGCGAGACCGCGCCCGCGGAGUCGUCCCUGGCCCCGCCCACUCCGCCCUCACGCCCUAAACACACCCAGCGGGCAGCCGAGGCCCGGAGAGAGCCGCCUUUCCGCCCUCGACUCCUCCAGACACCAGCGUCUGAUCUGAAGUGUGGAGCGGAGCCGGAGCGGAGAGACGAGGAGACGAGCGAGACGGAGCAGAGCCGGAGUAAAGCUGGAGUCGCACUCACCACCUAUUUCUCCGUGGACAACUGCAUGACAGACGCAUACAGACUGAAGUAUCAUCACCAGAGACCGCUGGUGCUCAGCAUGGCUCCGCCUCCCUCCGAUCACGCCAAGACCCGAGUUGACACGGGUUCAAGCAGCAAUAAAUCCAUGGCGAAGUGGCACCCGGUGAGUCCGAAAGGCCUGGACGAGCGCGGGUAUCUGUGAAGGUGUGUGGAAGAGAGAAACGUCCUGAUCGAUGCCAGGCCGUUGUUAAAUAUGCAGUUUAAAGCUGAAGGCCAAAGAGUCGUGGAAGAGAACAGAUCAUCGUGGAUCGGUGAAGCCGCCAUUUUCAUGCUUUAUUGAUAAAAUUCUGACCGGGUUAAAAAAAGGACAUCAGGUUUAUUCAUGUCAAAAAUCCAGAAUUUCACACAGAACAGAGCUGGAAAUGGUCCAAGGUCGUCUGUGGAGUGCCUUCUCUCUGUGUCGUCAUGCGGAAUACCGGCGUGACACUUCAUACGAAACUACAGCGAUUUCCUCUAUAUAUUUUUCAAUGAUGUCUAUGCAUUCAUUUUUAGUCUUUGUUUAAUAAACUUGAUUUAAAACACUCAA